UAAGAAAGGUACAUAAUGGGCAACAUGCACAGCGCUCGUGUUCUAAAUAUUUUGUUGAGCUGGGCCGAGAACAAGAGCUUUGUGUUUGUGACAUGUAACCUGCGUGCUGUUUUCUUGCAGACAAUAAAACUAACUUCAGGCGUGUGGUACUGGAAAGAUGAUACUAAUACACUUGAAUUUGCAAGCUCCAGUCCAGCAUCUCAGGAAAACCUUAAGGAAGGAAAAAAUACUUGCUUUCGGGAAAUAUGUGUCAAGACAUUAAAGAGCAUCUUCCAAGAUGAAGGCAGCGCAACGCUCCCUGAAAAAAAGCUGGAUGACAAAGAGGAAAAAAUCCAUAAGCUGUCAAAGUGGGUACAACAUGAAUAUGUGACGUUGGAUGAUGUCAAAUAUGUUGCUUUACUUUUGAAAGAAGAAGAAAAAAAGUCAGAGCGCAUGCUACCUUCUUCAGCAGUUAUGGGGAAUAAGCAACUAGAUGAGUUCCUCAUGGCCCUGCUUUUCUACUUAUCUUUUUACCUGGAAAAAAUUGCCCUGGAAAAAGAAACCACAUCCUUGAUUUCGACUAUGAUUCUUCUGGAGAAUAAAGAAAUGGACGAGGUGUUGGCGAAGUUAGCAGUAGCCAGGAUUCACCUUGCCAAGGUCUACAGUAACUUUAUCCUCGAAAGAGGCCUGGCACAGCAGAGCCACUCACCUAGUGGAAAGAGAACAACAUCAUUACAGAAAGAUUGGAACUUCUUUGAGGGCUUCUACAACUUCUGCAGCUAUGUGGCUUGGCUUGUGUUCAGACGGAAGCACUUCCAAGUGAUUCGGGAAGAAAUCGGCAGGCUUCUUUGCUCCGACAUGUUCAAUCCCACCCUAAAAGACAGGAGAAAUGUUUUCUUGCAGGAAGCAGGCAAGAGGGCUGCUGAUGCAGAUGCGGUGAGAUUGCCAUGGCAGAGACAAGCCCAAGCUAAGCAUCCACCCAUAAACAGCAUGGUCCACCAGCGCUCGCCCAUGCUCAGCACGCUGCUGCCCUUGCCAAAGGAGAGAGCUCAUUACCUCGCCCAGAACCACUACUGUCAGGGCAUGGACCCGCGCCCCUGCUCGUGUGACAACCUGCCGGACUUCUCAGAGCUGUUCGCUACCAAGGUGGGCAUCAUUGGAGCUCACUGUAGUGAGUUAAAUUCCUGUAUGCUCGAGUCUGACGAGGCGAUGGAGGAGGACGAACAAGAACAAGAAGAAGGACAAGAAAAAGAAAAAGAAGAAGGACAAGAACAAGAACAAGAAAAAGAACAAGAACAAGAAGAAGGACAAGAACAAAGAACAAGGAAGACAAAGGAGUUGUUCCUCUGUCCUGACAAAUGGCCUGAAUCUGCCACCUCUAUAAAGCUCCCAAAACAGGUUUAGUAGUGAGAGUGCUGUAUUGUCAAAAGCAAUGGCAGAAGAUGAUUGUAAUCAGAGCAUCUAGCAGAAGUGGUAUCUUAUUUCAUUCAGUGGCAUAAUUUCAUAUUGCUAAGUAAAUAAUUUUGAAAUUGCAGAUUAAAAAGCCAAAAUCAUUUGUCAGAAGGGGGGUAGUUUUACACACAAGGAUCUGUACUGGGUGACUGAAGAACUGGACUGUAAUUCCUGGUUCUGUCACUAACUAUUCCUCUUUCAUCUUAGUGCUUUCUUUGCACUAUUUCUGAGAAGACUGUUUUACUGACUUAUUUUGGGAAGUGCUUUGACACCCGCAGAUGAAUAUGAUUAUGGAUUUUAACGUCAACCCUCUUUUUCUACAGGGUUAGUAAAGCAAUGAGGGGACAGGACUUACUAUAGUUUAAAAGUUCCUGGAACUGUACUUUUAAAGGAAGUUACUCUUUAAUAUAUUGUCUUUAAUAUAUUGUUUAAUCCUUUUUUGAUUUCCAUCAUCUCUCAUUUUGUUCUUAGCCUAAUUUAUGAUUCAUUGUGAAAAGAGUAUAGCAAAGAGGAAAGCUGUUUUUUAAAAUAUCUAUGAACUUUCAUUUUAUCUUUUAAAUAAUAUAUAUAUAUUAUUUUUAUCAUGGACUUUACAUGAUUGGAAAAGCAAAUCUUAGAAGUUCAAAAUCAAAGUAUGCAGCUGGGUUGUCAAUAUCUUGAAACAUAAUGCAUUCAUGAUAAGAAAUCAUGUAUCACUUUACCUACAAGACUAAAUAUCUGUACUAAUCCUUAUUAUCAGGAGGAAAAUUUAGGAUGAAAUCCUGGCCUUUGCAUAGUCAAUAAGAAUCAAUGAAAAAAUAAUGGAUGAUUAAAAAGUGAAAGAAAAGCUGAGAGGUAAUAUUUUCAGCAUUUUUAGAAGUUUGCUGCAUCAGUGAUGGUUUGGAAGUUUUUCAGUGAAAUAUAUUUCUGCUAGAUAAAAAUAACAACACAA